AAAUGAAGAAUGAAUAAUUAAUUAGUGAUAACACUGAAUUAUUGAGAAAAUUACAUAAUUGUUCGGUUUUACGUUCAAUUUUCUGUACUUCUUUCCCUAAAUUUGCAUCAAGUUACUUUUGAAGCAACGUUAAAUUACCCUACCGAAGUUCUUCGAGUAAGAAACACAACUUCAAAUUCCUCAUCUAUAACAUGAUAUUCAAAUCACCCAUUAAAUUCAGCGAUCCUGUUUGUAACCUGAAAUCGAUCAAUCAGUGGAAGUGUUUUGGUUGUUGUCAUGUUCGAACAGCCACUAUCAUCGUUGGAUUAUGGCAUCUUGCGAUUCACAUCAUGGGAUUUUUCCUAUUCGUCGUUGCAACCUAUAUAGUUCCUACUUACUACUGCGAUUCCCCAACACUAACGACAUUGCCACUGAUGAGAAACAGAGAUUCUGAUCUAACUGUUCAGAGAGUCAAACACGACUACGACGGAUAUUCUGAUUUGCAAUCGAUUAGCACUGCCAACGAAUCGAAAGUUUGGAUGUUGAUGAGUGCAUUAUCUCUCGUAGCUACGGUUUCGCUGAUCUGCGGUGCAACGAAGAAAAAAUCACCUCUCAUUUUGCCCUUCUUUUUUCUUCAAAUAUUCGAUAUUCUGUUCGAUAUAACCAUCAUCGGCGUAUAUUUUGUUAUGUCGUCGAGUAUUACGGAAUUCUUCGGUGAAUUGUACAAUGCCCCAUUUCAGCAAUUCGUUCUCCAUUUCGGAUUCUAUCAGAAGAUCGUUUUCACUUGCGCGUAUAUUCUGCUCGCCCUGUUUAUCAAAGUGUACUUGGUGUGUAUCGUUUAUUUGUGCUACCGAUAUUUGACCAAUUACCUCAAGUACAGUCAAGAUGUGCUUUUACAAACGAACGCAGGAAGCCCGAAUAAUCUCGUUAAAUAAAUUAUAUACGUUUUUUUUACGACGAGACUGAUGGUAUUGAUUUAUUUUGUGACGAUAUGUGCCAUCGAAUUUGCUUAAUUUUUAAUUAUUUUAUCUCUACGAACGUCUUAUACUCAUUAUUAUUUUAAUGUUUCAUUUCUAAAAAGCAUCACUGAACUGGUCAGGUGAUUACUUAAUGUUUUUUAUUCAACUUAUAUACUUUCUGUAUACGUAUUUAUAUCUUGCAUUUCAUAAUAUUAUUUUUGGUUUUGUUUUUUAUUACAAUUUGUGGUAUGAUUUCUAGUCAAUUUAAACGUUUUAUAUAUUGUGUUUAUGUUUACAAAUCAAACUAUUUUUAUUUAAUUUUUAUGAUUUUUUUAUAAUUUAUAUUAAUGCUGUGUAAUUUAUUUGCGUAAACAAAGCUUUAUUAUAAUUAUUCUACGAACGA